AGCCCAACAUAAACAACACAGACUGGAGCCUGAAGAGCCACAUCUCCACCAAGCUUCGUCUUUAUUUGAACUGUUCUUGACUUACAUUCUGCCUUUUUCUAAGUCUAUACCACGUGCUAUAAGUGUAGCUAAGCAAAAUGAGUCACGUCGACGUUAAGAACCUGAAGCCCACUACCUUUGAGGACGAAUACUACGACGAAUAUGAUUAUUACAAUCUGACAGACAGAUACACGGAGGGCGCGAGCCGCAAAGGCAGGACGAAGAAGGAGGCUUGCUGCAACACUAACCGCCACAACCCCGCCGGCCACGAGCGCAAAAUCGUCGAGAAGCUCCAGAACGCCGCGAAGAAAGCCAAAGAGUGAAACAACAGUUUUUUCUUUCAGAUUUGUUCGGACGGCUUGAUCUGGAAACUGACUUGUGGCGCCUUGGCGUCGGAUUUCAAAAGGCAGAAGAUGAUGGAAGUGCUCUCCGGUUCUGGUGAAGGGUGGCUUUUCUGAUACGACCCUCGGUGGCCGGUUUGAGGUUAUACGGGGUUUGGACGUGCGCGUGCGCAGCACACCUGAGCAGGUGGACGCAGAGCGCAUUGACGAGCGCGUGAUGGAUGGUCCAUGAUGCUAUUUGUCUUGGUGUUUUUGAACACACGUUUUUAUAAUACAAAAAAUAUUAAAACUGGUGAGAAAUAAAGAUAUUUUACAAAACUG